CGGACCCACUUAGGAUUUUCCAACAUUUAUGAUCACAUUCCCACCCCAGAUCGCACACUGACCGUCAUUCCCCAUUCAAAGGCAAAGAACCAACACUACUAAUGCCCAUUCAAAUCCGCUAUGCGACCGAGUCCGAUAGCCCGGAUUUGGUCCACAUAAACACCGCCAGUUUCGCUCCGGGUCUAUUUUACCAGAAUGCAUUUGCGAACGUUGAAGUUUCGGCCCUACAAACGUUGAAAUAUGCACGAACUUUCGCAAGAUUCGUGGAUCCCAAAUACCAUCUCUUAGUUGCAACGGACUCAGAAACGGGGCGUAUCAUCGCCUUCAUGCGAGUGGUCAUCCCACUUCGUUAUCAACAAGAGUCCCAUUCACUUACAGAGCUAUCGGAAAAUGCCACUAAGAUGGCUGCUGAACCAAAUAAAUAUCUACCCGAGGGAAUUAACGAGCGCGUUUAUGCGUGUUAUUUGGAUAUGCUCAAGAGCUCGAGGGAAAAGUAUCUGAGAGAAGAUGAUCUGAUCCUGGACUUUUUGGCCACCGACCCCGAGUAUCAGGGGAAAGGAAUUGGAAGCCAAAUGUUGAAAUGGGCUACGAAAAAGGCGGAUACCCUGAAUGCACGAAUGUUUCUUGAAGCAACAGAGGAAGGCUAUCCGCUUUAUAAAAAGUACGGAUGGAACACACUAGAGGAAAUCGUUCUAGACUUCGAGCCAUUGGGGGGGCAUAAUAAGGGGAGCUACUAUAUUAUGAUCCGGGAUCCAGUUCCUGAUACUAAUCAGCCCUAAUUAACCAUAUGCUGUCAUUACCAUAAGUUGGACGCAACUUACAUUGGAUAUCGCUAUGAGAAGAGUAGUAUAGGAAGUCCUGAAAGCCCGGUGCAUCAAUAUUAUCUAUUCAAGUCAAAUCUACGGCGUAUCUUAGAGAAAAGAAAUUAUAAAACCAUGUUUCGCUUUUUACUGGCCAGGAGAAAAGAUCCAGGCACCAAAGGGCAAAGCCCAGGGGUGUUCCCUUACAGAGUAAGCUACCUACUAAGCCACAUCCGAGUCCCCCACAUCGCCGCUUACGUCUACUUAUCAUUCCAUCCACCCUCAUCUAGGUGGCUUAUCAUGAUCCCCCCCUGAGGAGAUGGCUAAGACUCGGAAAGUCUGGUAGUCAGCUUCUCGGCACUUGCUUUCUAAGCACGCUCAAGCCUGGGGCUUGAGAGAACCCCACAGGGAAAUACCCACAGUGUCCCGUGCCUUCCAGCAAAAAGCAUAUAAUUCAUUGUCAAAUGAACUGG